AUGCCAUCACCAAUACCAAACGAAAUUCUAUGUGAAAUAUUUAGUAAUCUAAAUUUUGAAACCGACAACUAUUUUAUUCCAAGUCAAAAGGAUUUAUUUAAUUGCCUCUUGGUAAAUCGGCAAUGGUGUUUAAAUGCUAUUACAGUCCUCUGGGCCGAACCUAUGCCAGUAGACAAAGAUAGAAAAAUGGUCCAAAUAUACGCAAAAGUUAUCAAAACAUACCUUUUGUUUAUUGAUAUGCAAGAUAAACAACAACUUAUUGACUAUGGACUUAGAUUUGCAAACACAAAUUCCAAGGAUUCUUGUAAAUUUCAAAAAUCUUUACAAAUACUUUAUGGUUCAAAAAACUAUUCUACUUCUCAAUCCACUCACGUACUUAAUGAUUCAUAUACUUUUCAAAAAUCAUUUCUUAAUUCACAAGUUUACACUCAAUCUUCUCACACAUU